GUCUCCCGUGUCUGACGACUCCUCGUGCUCCCUCUGUGUGGUGAUGACGGUGAAAACCGAGGCUGCUAGGGACACCCUCACUUACUCCAGGAUGAGGGGCAUGGUGGCAAUUCUCAUCGCUUUCAUGAAACAGAGAAGGAUGGGCCUGAACGACUUUAUUCAGAAGAUUGCCAAUAACUCCUAUGCAUGCAAACACCCUGAAGUUCAGUCCAUUUUGAAAAUCUCCCAACCUCAGGAGCCUGAGCUCAUGAAUGCCAACCCUUCUCCUCCACCAAGUCCUUCUCAGCAAAUUAACCUGGGCCCAUCAUCCAAUCCUCAUGCUAAACCAUCUGACUUUCACUUCUUGAAAGUGAUCGGGAAGGGCAGUUUUGGAAAGGUUCUCCUGGCAAGACACAAAGCCGAAGAAGCAUUCUAUGCAGUCAAAGUUUUACAAAAGAAAGCGAUCCUGAAAAAGAAGGAGGAAAAGCAUAUUAUGUCGGAGCGGAAUGUCCUCCUGAAGAACGUGAAACACCCUUUCCUGGUGGGCCUUCACUUCUCUUUCCAGACGGCUGAUAAACUGUACUUUGUCCUAGACUACAUUAACGGUGGAGAGUUGUUCUACCAUCUCCAGAGGGAGCGAUGCUUCCUGGAACCACGGGCUCGGUUCUAUGCUGCUGAAAUAGCCAGUGCCUUGGGUUACCUGCACUCCCUGAACAUCGUUUAUAGAGACUUAAAGCCAGAGAAUAUCUUGCUGGAUUCACAGGGACACAUUGUCCUUACUGACUUCGGACUCUGCAAGGAGAACAUUGACAAUGGCACGAUGUCUACCUUCUGCGGCACACCCGAGUAUCUUGCACCUGAGGUGCUUCAUAAGCAGCCUUAUGAUAGGACCGUGGACUGGUGGUGUCUGGGGGCCGUCUUAUAUGAGAUGCUGUAUGGCCUGCCUCCCUUUUAUAGCCGAAACACAGCUGAGAUGUACGACAACAUUCUGAACAAACCCCUCCAGCUGAAGCCAAAUAUUACAAAUUCUGCAAGACACGUCCUGGAGGGCCUCCUGCAGAAGGACAGGACAAAGAGGCUUGGUGCCAAGGAUGACUUUAUGGAGAUUAAGAAUCACGUCUUCUUCUCCCUAAUUAACUGGGAUGAUCUCAUUAAUAAGAAGAUUACUCCCCCUUUUAACCCAAAUGUGAGUGGGCCCAGCGACCUGCGGCACUUUGAUCCCGAGUUUACCGAAGAGCCGGUCCCCAACUCCAUCGGUCGGUCGCCCGACAGCAUCCUCCUCACAGCCAGCGUCAAGGAAGCGGCCGAGGCCUUCCUGGGCUUUUCCUACGCACCUCCCGUGGACUCCUUCCUCUGAAUGGUCUUAGGGUUGGUUGCGAAGGAUUUUUACGGGCGUUUUUGAAAUGUUUCAGUUAGCCUUUUGGCAGAGCUGCCAGCUGACAGGACAUCUUAGAAGAGAAUUUGCACAUCCCUGGAAGCUUGCACAUCUUGGCAAUCUUAUUGCACACUGUUCGCUGGAAGCUUUUCGAAGAGCACAUCCUCCCCGGUGAGCUCGUGGGGUUUUCCUUAUUCUUCCUUCCAAUGUGGUGCUAUCUCUGAAGUGAGCAGUAGAGGGCCGCCCCAGACAGGUGCAGUGGUCUCAUUCGAAGGAGGACGCUUGUUCUGAGAAGGAGCUUCUGAAGGUCUGUCCCGGGCCGUGAUGUAACGAAUCUUAUGAAACGUGCCUUUUCUGAUGAGAUCGUGUUAGCUCCAAAGUUCUUCCUGUUGCCGUGUGUUUCCAUUCUGUUUUUCCUUGUGGACUUCCUGUGUGAUCAGCCGUAUGAGUGUGGUAUGCUUGCUCACAGAAGGACUCAGUUAUAAGCAUCAAUGUGACACUUGCAGGACACUACAACGUGGGACAUUGUUUGUUUCUUCCAUAUUUGGAAGAUAAAUUUAUGUGUAGGCUGUUUUUCUUUGUGUGUGAGAUAUAGUUAAUAACUAAAAUUUAUCGAAAAUGGUCUUGCAAUGACUUGUAUCCAGAUGCUUAAAGAAGCAUUGCUGCUACAAAUAUUUCUAUUUUUAGAAAAGGUUUUUAUGGACCAAUGCCCCAGUUGUCAGUCAGAGCCUGGUGUUUUCAUUGUUUAAAAUAUCACCUGUAAAAUGGGCAUUAUUUAUGUUUCUGUUUUUUUUGUUUCUUUUUUGCAUUCCUGAUAAUUAUAUGUAUUGUAUAAAGAA